AUGAGAGACGACAAAUCCCAAAAAAGCAAGUUGUCAUGGUCCAAGAAGAUGGUUAGGAAAUGGUUCAACAUCAAAAGCAAAACGGAAGAGUUUCAAGCAGAUGUUUCUGUUUCUGUUCCUCAAGGUGUUGAAGUUGAGCACAGAAGUAGCUUCUCAGAGAGGGAACCUUGCACAAUCAAGAAGACCAAAACUGAGAAACUCAAUAAGAAUUGGGAACAGCAAUCUAGACAAAGGAGAAUGAACUAUGAAAAUCCAAGAAUCAUUGAUGUCCAAAACUAUAGCAUCUUUGUAGCUACAUGGAACGUUGCUGGACGCUCUCCUCCUGCAGAUCUAAACCUCGACGAAUGGCUUCAUUCCUCAGCUCCUGCAGAUAUAUACGUACUCGGUUUCCAAGAGAUUGUUCCUCUAAAUGCCGGUAAUGUUCUUGGAGCUGAAGAUAACGGUCCUGCCAAAAAAUGGCAUUCCCUCAUCAGGAAAACGCUCAAUAACCUCCCCGGGACAAGCAGUGUCUGUCAUACGCCGUCGCCUAUUCCUGUCCCCAUUGCAGAGAUUGAUGCUGACUUCUCAGGAUCUUCGAGGCAAAAGAACGCGACUUUCUAUAACAGACGGUCUUUCCAGACCCCAAGCAUAUGGAGGAUGGAGGAGAAUGAUCCUUCAGUCUCACAGCCACGGCUUGACCGUCGUUUCAGCGUUUGUGAUCGCGUCUUCUUUAGUCAUAGACCAAGUGAUUUCGACCCGAGCUUCAGGUCUAGUCACAGGCCUAGUGAUUACUCAAGAAGGCCAAGUGAUUAUUACUCUAGGCCAAGUGAUUACUCUAGACCAAGUGAUUAUUACUCUAGGCCGAGCGAUUAUUCUCGGCCUAGUGAUGUAUCCCGGUGGGGCUCCUCGGAUGAUGAUAACGGUCCAGGGGAUUCCCCCAGCACAGUCUUGAACUCACCGGGGUCAUGUCCUGGCUCUGCAUCAAAUGAGAACGGCUAUAGAAUCCCGUGGAACUCAUCGCAAUACUGUCUGGUUGCAAGCAAACAAAUGGUUGGUAUCUUUUUAACAAUUUGGGUGAAAAGCGAGUUACGAGAACAUGUCAAGAACAUGAAAGUAUCUUGUGUUGGCAGAGGACUUAUGGGUUAUCUCGGAAAUAAGGGAUCAAUCUCAAUUAGUAUGUUGCUCCACCAAACAAGCUUUUGCUUUGUCUGUACACACUUGACCUCAGGACAAAAAGAAGGUGAUGAACUAAGGAGAAACUCCGAUGUCAUGGAGAUACUCAAGAAAACGAGGUUUCCUCGUGUCCAUAGUUCAAAGCACGAUGAGAAGUCCCCAGAGAAUAUCCUUCAGCAUGAUCGAGUAAUAUGGCUCGGGGACCUGAAUUACCGGAUAGCACUCUCUUAUCGAUCAGCAAAAGCACUUGUCGAGAUGCAAAACUGGAGGGCAUUACUAGAGAAUGAUCAGUUACGGAUAGAGCAAAGACGAGGCCAUGUGUUUAAAGGAUGGAACGAAGGGAAGAUUUACUUCCCACCAACUUAUAAAUACUCGACUAACUCGGAUAGAUAUGCAGGAGAUGAUUUGCAUCCAAAGGAGAAACGUCGCACUCCUGCUUGGUGUGAUCGGAUAUUAUGGCAUGGAGAAGGACUGCAUCAGUUAUCUUAUGUAAGAGGAGAGUCACGGUUCUCGGAUCAUAGACCGGUUUAUGGCAUAUUCAACGCAGAGGUUGAGUCAAAUCACAAGAGACUAAAGCAAACCGCCACUGCAAGGGUUGAAGCUGAAGAACUCUUACCUUACUACCGCGGAUACACCGAGCUAACUUUUUUCUAA